UACUUCGACUGUAUCAGACAGUGUAGCUUGUAUUUACUUCGUCUCUGAAGAUUGUGACUGUGACCACGAUAUCUAGGACUGAACAUGGGAUACGGACUGAAAAAGUUGUCCUUGGCGCUCUCUGCCGUGGUCAUAGCAUAUUUACUUAUGUACAGUGGAACCAAGUUUGAUCCAGCCGACGUCCAAGACAAGAAAGUUCUGAUAACAGGAGCAUCGUCUGGGAUUGGAAAACAGAUGGCGUACCAUUUUGCCAAGAUGGGAGCAAACCUGGUCUUGACAGCUCGCAGAGAGAAUCUUUUGAAAGAGGUUAUAGAAAAAUGUAAGCAGCUGUCUCCGAACCCAAACGCUAAUCAUGCUUAUAUAGUUGCUGACAUGAAAGAGCUGCAGAAGACAAAAGAUGUUAUAAAGUUUAGUGUGGACGCUUUAAAGGGUCUGGACAUCUUGGUGCUUAACCAUGCCAGGUUACCAACAACUUUCAAAUUGUGGUUUGGGAGCCAACAGAACCUGACAGAUCUGGCAACGGACAUGGACAUCAACUUCAGAGCAUACGUGCAUCUCGCCUCACACGCACUUCCACAUUUACUGAAGAGCAAAGGGAGGAUUGCAUUUGUUUCUUCUGUAACGGAAAGAUUCCCGAUCCCGGGGAUGACAAUGUACAUUGCGGCAAAGCACGCAAUCCAAGGGUUCUUUGGUGUACUUAGGCAAGAGAUGGUAUUGAGAAACACAGGGGUUUCCGUCACCUCGUGCAUAGUGGCUGGGACCAGUAAGUGA